AUGACGACGACCAAGCCAUGCCCAUUAGCAAUGUCGCCGACCAAGCCCAUGACACCGACCGCCAAGACGCCGAAGGCUGUCGACCGCAGCGUGCGCACACGGAGCCAGUUCCACAUCACGUUCCCAUCGAAAGCGUUCCUGGACUUGGAGACGCCGGAGCCGGCGAUUCACGAAGGAUCUGCGCGUCGAUGCUGCGUCAAGUACGGCGCGUCUGUCUUUAGUCAUGUCAUCGUGCCCAAAACGCCGAGCGACGUCGUCGAGCGCACAACGAGCGUCGACGAAGCGAAGCCGUACCUGCCAUACACGACGCGGAAGCCUCAGGUGCCGCCGGUGCCACAGCUUCCGUCGCUCCUGGAGUUUCGGGCCAAAAACGAGUCAGAAGCACAUACGCUUACCAAGACCCAUGCUAUGAGUGCGUCCCAAGCAAUGCUCGAGAAACCUGGUAUUUCCAAGGACAGCGGCACAUGCUUGAAUCUCACAAACGACCCCCCUCCGCGGUCCACAUAUGUGGCUGACCUCGCGCAGUCGUUGGAGAACAUGAACCCGUCGCCACAUGGCAUCGAGAGACUUCAGGACGUCGUGCGCGCCCGCGAGCGCACCAAGCAAGUCUUUUGCCUCAAGUUUGCGCACUUCAAGCUCCAGCGCGACCUGCCGGGGGAUCUCUGUGCGAUGCGUCAGCGUGCCGAAGCCGACCGCCAAGAUCGCAUCCACGUCGCCGUCGAGGCUUCGACAUGGUUUACGGGCUUUCUCUCACUGGUGCUCAAGUACACACCUUCCAGCUCGUCGCCAGCUCCAGCGCUCCUUUUCCUCACCAAUAGCAUUCGAGAUAGUGUGAACCAAGGCCACGAGUUCCAGCCCGCUCUUCUCCUGGGUCUUGUGCUUUGCCUCUACGAGAACGAGCUCGAAGCCGACGCGACGCAGGCGGCGCUAAAGUUUCUGCGGUCGGCUGCGGGUAUAUCAAUGGUUGACUGGGAACGCUUCUUUGAAAAUGCGAGUUUGCCACCACCGAUAGAAGUCGUCAAUCAGCGCCAAGCCGACUCGCAAGGCAAGGGCAAGCACAUGCGCAUGAAGCACUUGGUGAAGACCGCGGGCAUGAUGUCCCACCUUAAGGGCUCCGCCCCGAGUGACGAAUAG